UCAAGCCACCUGUCGCUCAGCCCCACCUCCUUUCUAGCAGGGAUGGUGGGAGGGGGAGGUCGAUGACAGCUUCACUUCCGGCUCCGGCGGUGUGGGGAGCCGGGCCGAUAUGGAGGAAGAUGCCGCUGGGUUCCAAUCGCCGAGAGCUGAAGCUAGGGCAGGAGCAACAGCCUAGGAGUCCCGGCCCGCAGAGCGCUGGCACCGUCGACAGGGCCAUCCGGGGCUCAGGAGCCACAUUCUCCUUAUCUUCUUUAACUUCAUGUUCUUGCCCUGCCCAGUAUAUCAUCAGGCAUUCAGGCACAAUGGAGGAUAAACGCAACAUCCCAAUCAUUGAGUGGGAACAUCUGGACAAGAAGAAGUUCUAUGUCUUUGGUUUGGCAAUGACAAUGAUGAUCCGAAUCAGUGUCUACCCCUUCGCCCUCAUCCGCACACGGCUCCAGAUACAGAAGGGCAAGAGCCUCUAUCAAGGAACCUUUGAUGCCUUUGUCAAGAUUCUGCGGACAGAUGGGGUGUUAGGCCUCUAUCGGGGUUUCUUGGUCAACACACUCACCCUGGUCUCUGGCCAGUGCUAUGUUACCACCUAUGAGCUCACCCGAAGGUUUGUGUCGAAGUACAGCCAGAGCAACACUGUGAAGUCCCUAGUGGCUGGUAGCUCAGCCUCACUGGUGGCCCAGAGCAUAACAGUGCCCAUUGAUGUGGUCUCCCAGCACCUGAUGAUGCAGCGCAAGGGCGAGACCAUGGGCCGAUUCCAGGUGUUUCGGGGUACAGAGGGCCGGGGCAUAGUGGCCUUUGGCCAAACCAAGUAUAUCAUUCGGCAGAUCCUUCAAGCUGAUGGAAUACGGGGCUUCUACCGAGGUUAUGUGGCUUCUCUACUCACCUACAUACCCAACAGUGCUUUAUGGUGGCCCUUCUACCACUUUUAUGCAGAGCAGCUCUCCCACAUCUGUCCUAAGGACUGCCCCCACAUAAUCUUCCAAGCCAUUUCUGGGCCCCUGGCUGCAGCCACUGCUUCUGUCAUCACCAACCCGAUGGACAUUGUCCGAGCCAGGGUACAGGUGGAGGGCAAGAACUCAAUCAUCUUGACCUUCAAGCAGCUGUUGGCAGAGGAGGGCCCCUGGGGCUUCAUGAAGGGUCUCUCUGCCAGGAUCAUUGCAGCCACACCCUCCACUAUGGUCAUAGUGAUAGGUUAUGAGAGUCUCAAGAAGAUCAGCCUUCGGCCAGAACUUGUGGACUCCAGACACUGGUAAUGGGUGGUAGGGAGAGGAGCCUGCCAUGCCUUGAAGAGAGGGACAGAGAGAAAGGGGACAGCACCCUCCCUUGGCCGUGCACACAGUCCUCUGCUGGGCUGGCUGCCUAGAAGGGGGACACCAAAAUGCUGUAAUUGAAUAGGCUUUGAGCUUGGAUCUCCAGCUCACCCUGUUUUUAAUUCUCUGGCCAAACUGAGCCCCCCUUAUCCAGGCUUCCUUUUCAAUCCUUAGCCAAUCCCUUUUUUAAAAGGGAAUAGUUAAGGAACCUUCCUCAGCUUCCCUCCAUCACCAUCCUUAGGCUGUACAUAGGUUGCCUUUCACUCUUCUUUCCCCUUUGACUGCUUUUUCAGACUUCAAGGGACCACGGUCACCUCUUGCCCUGGCCCCCUUUCUUAAGCCAGCUGAUUCUUAAUUUUUUUAGGAUGGAGCUGCCAAGAAAACUGUAAUAUUUUUUCCCUCACCAUUGGGGGAGUGCCCGUCUCACCAAGCAGCAGAGAACCUCUAGUUGUCUGGAUAAUUCUUCCCUCUAUCUUUGGGGAAGUUGAUAGUUUGGGGUGAGGGAAUGGGAAGAAAUUCUCUAUGGAUUAAUGGGGUUUUUUUUUUUUUUUUGGUUUUGUUAAAAAUUUGUGAACCAGUUUGUUGUCUUAAGCCCUGAUAGAACACUAUUCCUGCAGCUAGACCCCAUGUCUGCCAUAGCAGUUGGAAUAUGUAGCUUUUACCUCACCCCUGGUUCCCUAUGCUCUUCAUCUUCCUUAGUCCAGUUCCCAAUAGGCCUUUGGUGGCACCUUUGACCACUGGUUCCCCAUCUCAGCCUCCCAAAUGUUUUCUGUAGUAGGCAUGAUGCCUGCAUAACUUACGCUGACAGGGAAGAGCAGGCCAAAAGUAGCACCCUGAAAAGUGAGAUUGAUCAUGUAGAGGGUUUGAAAAGAGAAGAGGAAGCUUGCUGAGGCAAAGGAGGAGAAAGCAUAUCAUCACAGGUCAUCUUCAGCUCUGGACAUCUCCAGCCAUGGAUACAUUUCUUCCAUUAGUGGCAGCAGAUGCUAUCUAUUCCCCAUGGAACACCUCAGCUGAAGGAUAAGAAUCUUUAUAAGGUAUUGAGCUGACAAUCUUAUCUCACCCUGUGAUACUAGAAGUUAGCACAGGCAUAUCCCUAGAAGUAUGGUGAUGGUGGUGGAAACCCAGCUCCCCAAGAAGGGGUUCUCAAAAUGGGGAAGGAUGCAUCUUUCCUCUGUCUCCAUUCACAGCCAUCACCAUUUUACCAGCAUGAUACUGCCAAAAUUUCCUGUUGAAGCCCUUCAAAAACCUAGGAAACUGAACCACUUCAUCUCCUAUUGCAGCUCACACAGAGUGAAUCAGAGUUAGAUUCAACCUUACUGAUUUUCCAGUGGGGCUACUGAGUUGGUUCCUGGAAUAGGUGCCUUGGUGUAGGACCUCUUGCUUCUCCCCAUCCAGGAAAGGUUAGGGUGCCUUUCCAUUGAAAGGUGCUAGCUUUACAACAAACUUGAUAUUUCUUGUCCUUUACACCCCACCCACCAACCACCCAGGUACCCUGGAAACAGCGUCUAUUUAUAUUGAACUUAAUUCUCUGCAUCACUUUGGGUUUCCGUAUCCAUAUUUGUGUCUUUAAUAUCUGUCUUUAUGUCAGUCUCUCAUCCACACCUCUUCUUUUCUACUUUGCUGAGGGGUUUCUUCUCAUGUCCUUUUCUCCAUCUCUGAAGGACCCACCUGUUCUGAAACAUACAAUUCUUAGGCUUGGAAUGACCCACAUAAUGGAAAUAGAAUUGCUUCGUUCUCUUUACCAUCACUAUAAAACCCUGAUUUUUCUUGGUUCCAGGCCUCUGCCCUGCGGGACUUUGAUUUCAGGCAUCCUUCUCUAUCCUGGCUGAAUAGAAGUACUGUGGGAAUGUAGAGGUGAUUGCACCCUCCACCCCCUUCAAUUCUGCAUCUCCCUUACACACCUCUCCUCUGCUUCUCUAUAACCCCCUUGUGUCUUGCUAUUUUCUUGAACCCUUAACUUCACCUUGCCCAACACUGCUGUUCCUAACAUUUAAGGGAUUAGGCAAUGUGUUAAAGGGACUGAGACCCUCACGAAUGUUUAUUUGUAGCUUAGGGAUUGGGUAUUGCCCCAGACCCUGAGUCCAUCAGUGGUAGGGGGAAGACAGAAGAAUACUGGCUUGUUCCUUCCAGGGUAGGAAGGUUUAGUCCAAGAAGGGAAAAAAAAAACACAACUGAGGAAGGCUGGAGUGUUUUUGUGUUGAAUUGAUCUGUUAGAGCUGAAGCUCUCGUAGGAGGGAAGCAGGGAACCGUGUGGCCCUGAUGCGAGGGGCUCGGAAGAGAAGAUGCAGAAACGCUCAGACUACUCUUUGACCAUUUAAUACUGAGUGACAAUGUAAUGUGACUAUUCAAACAGGUUUCACUGUUGCACUGUAAGAAAUCUUUGUCGUAUGAUUAAAAAUUUUUAUUGUUUGAA